GGUACUUUUGACUCAAGGCCUAAAUGGCCAUAGUCCCCCAAUGAGUCGUACGUUGAAACAAUAUCUGGAACAAUUUGUUCGUCGAAAAUUUUCCUUACAUCGGAAUGUAUUUCUUUUACUAUUCUAUGAUAUGUGUCGAUUUCAGUUCGUUACUCCAUCGUCGUUUCUUGUUUCUUCUUUUUGUUCCGUGCAUGACAAGCAAUUAAACUAAUUACACAGAUCGUGUAAAAUAAAUCGAAACUCAUGACUGAAAGUGAACUCGUCCGGAAUAAAGAAACGAGGUUAACCCUUAUUAUACGACGUACGCACAACGCAUUAGAGGUUGGUUACAUUACAUUAUAGAAAUAUGCAUCCGGAAAAUAUAUGAAUACUAUGUUAAAUAUAGCGUUCAGGUAUACAUAUCGAUCGAAGAUAAAAAUAUAAUUUCAAUAAGAUAUAUCUCGUAAUAACAUUCACAUUUAAAACUUUCUUAAUGGAUUAGGCAUUCCCGUGAUAUGUUAGAGUUCUCCUUAUACGAUAAAAAGGUCAACGUUGGAAGUAUAAUAUCGCGUGACCAGAAAUAUCAUCUGAUUUUUGUGUUUUGGACUCUCGACGACUAGCAUCAGUGGCGUAGAAACGAGGGGGUUUGUCCAUAUUUCGCAGCAGCAUAGCAGAAGAAUGCAAUCGUAUUCAAAUAUCGUCUACUUGUCGCUCGCCCUCGUCGUUGUCGGGAUUACCGUCACUGUUCACGGUGAACCAGAACCAAUGGCUAGACCAACCCGACCGGAAGUGUUUACUAGUCCAGAAGAGCUUAGGAGAUAUCUCGAUCACGUCAGCGAUUACUACUCGCUUAGCGGGAAAGCUAGGUACGGGAAAAGGGGAAACACCGUGUCCUCUACGCCGGAAGUUAAUCAUAUCUUGGACACGAUGAGAACGAUCCUGGAGAAUUCUCAGAGAUCGCAGCACGCGAGACUGGAGAAAAGGAAACAGGAGGAUAGUCGUUUUUCCGGAGAGCUGGAAAGCUCGGAUGAUGGAAAGCUUGCCUCGCGAGUCGACCUUCGACCUUGUCACGUGUUGGACAUAGUUGACAAAUACUACGACGAUGUCCAGUAAAAUAGUAUUGUACGUUUACCACCGUACACGCACGAUCCGUGUACACUGCGUUUCGUUGUUCCUUUCUCCCUUCUUUCAAACAUAUUUAUCAAACUGAAUGAGAAUAAUUUUACAUACCAAAGAAAAAAAAAGAGGGAAAGAACGGAGGAAAAUAUUUCGCUUAGAUUUUUCGAC